AUGGCGGUUGCCUUUUACGCUCCUCCCGACCCUCUCGUCACGCGUUUAUCGCAAGCCAACCAAAACCAGACUCCAUGGGACGGGUCACCACCAUUCCCGUCCACUGAAUCGGUAUUAUUGCAUCUUGACGGCACAAGGGUGACGGAGAAAGUUAUUGGACAAGGUUCUACAGGCGUUAUCAUUGAGCAGGGACAGUAUGCACUCACGAUCCCUCAUAUUUCAAAGUAUACCAAGAUCGAUGGCGUACCUGUGGAAAUCGGGUCUUUAACCCCUAAGGAAGGCGACUACGAUGAUAGACAACCUCUGAUCGAAUCGAUAGAGGUUGAGAAAGCUAUUUACAAAAGGUUCGGUGACCACGAUGGAAUCGUCCCCUGCCACAAUCUCGAAUCGACCGAUAUCUCGAACCAGAUGGAUCUGUUGAAUGGCGAUCUCCGGCAUUAUCUAGCGGAACACAGGCCAGACCGUAGAACACAACUGUCCUGGUUAAACAAAAUAGCACACACUAUGGCCUACAUUCAUGAGCAUCGCGUCAUCACCGCCGAUGUUCGAUUAGACAACCUCUUACUUGACGACACGCUAGCAGUUCACUUUUGCGACUUUGGGGAAUGGACACUGAUGCCCUUUGAUUGGGAUCUGGAUGGCACUGACGAUCUUGGGUUUUCGGUUUCAACCGACAUCGGACAGUUGGCGCCGCAAUGUACGAGGUCAUUACCGGGCUCAGGUGCAAAUUCGACCUGA